CCGCCGGAGGCGGCGGUAGCGUCAGGUGACAGCCCGGAAGCUGCGGAAGCGGAUGAAGCAGAGCCGUGGAGGCCCCGUGGGGCUUCGCGCAGGUGGGGAAGCUGUUUGGCGUCCCUCGAGCCCUUGGCGCCGCGCACAUGUGGCGCUCGGGCUGAUAUCUGAAGGCCGCCGCUCUGGAUCGUGUGGCCCGACCUCGGCGGUUGGAGUCGCGGUGCGGGCCUGCGGCGGACGCCCAUGGAGAAGGCUGGGCGUGAGGGUGACGGCGCCCCCUGCGGGCCUGUCCUGCACAUCGUGGUGGUCGGCUUUCACCACAAGAAGGGCUGCCAGGUUGAAUUCUCUUACCCACCACUAAUUCCAGGAGAUGGACAUGACAGCCACGCUUUACCUGAAGAAUGGAAGUAUUUGCCUUUCCUCGCCUUACCGGAUGGUGCACAUAACUAUCAGGAAGAUACUGUGUUUUUUCACUUGCCACCCAGAAAUGGAAAUGGAGCCACUGUAUAUGGUAUCUCUUGCUAUCGACAAAUUGAAGCCAAGGCAUUAAAAGUAAGGCAAGCUGACAUCACCAGAGAGACUGUUCAGAAAAGUGUCUGUGUUUUGAGCAAGCUGCCUCUUUAUGGCUUACUUCAAGCAAAACUUCAACUCAUUACACAUGCAUAUUUUGAAGAGAAAGAUUUUUCCCAGAUUUCUAUUCUAAAGGAACUCUAUGAGCAUAUGAACAGUUCCUUAGGAGGGGCCUCAUUAGAAGGAUCACAGGUGUAUCUUGGUCUGUCUCCUCGAGAUCUUGUCCUUCAUUUCCGACACAAGGUCUUGAUCCUGUUUAAGCUAAUUCUUCUUGAAAAAAAGGUUCUUUUUUACAUUUCUCCAGUGAAUAGAUUGGUGGGUGCGUUAAUGACCGUAUUAUCCCUUUUUCCAGGCAUGAUUGAACAUGGCCUCAGUGACUGUUCUCAGUAUAGACCCCGAAAGAGUAUGUCUGAAGAUGUUGGGCUUCAGGAAAGUAAUCCCCCUGCAGAUGAUUUUAUUUCUGAGUCUACUUCUGACUUUUCAAAUACCAACUUGGGAACUGUCACAAAAAUCAUUUCAGGGAACCAUGGAGGAGACACUGUCCUCCAGUUGGAAAAACCUUGUUUCCAGGUAGAAGAUAACAACAACAAAGAACAAGAACCCAGCGAUACUGGCCGCUAUUUGAAACUCCCACCUCGUCCAUCUCCAGAGUCUUCAGAAAGUGACUGGGAAACUUUGGAUCCUAGUGUUUUAGAGGACUCUAGCUUGAAAGAAAGGGAACAGAUGGGGUCAGACCAGACAAACAUAUUUCAAAAAGACUCUGUGCCCUCAGACAGUCCUCCAAUUACUGUACAACCUCAAGCUAACACCAGGCAGGUAGUUCUGAUACCAGGACUCAUUUCUGGAUUGGAAGAGGACCAAUACGGCAUGCCUCUGGCCAUCUUUACAAAGGGAUAUCUGUGUUUGCCUUACAUGGCAUUACAACAGCAUCAUCUUCUCUCUGAUGUCACUGUUCGGGGAUUUGUGGCUGGAGCUACUAACAUCCUCUUUCGGCAACAGAAGCACCUCAGUGAUGCCAUUGUGGAAGUAGAAGAAGCACUGAUCCAGAUCCACGAUCCGGAGCUUAGGAAGCUGCUGAACCCAACCACUGCAGACCUAAGGUUCGCAGAUUACCUAGUGAGGCAUGUGACUGACAACCGCGAUGAUGUCUUCCUGGAUGGCACAGGCUGGGAGGGAGGUGACGAAUGGAUCCGGGCCCAGUUUGCAGUCUACAUCCAUGCUCUGUUGGCUGCUACACUGCAGUUAGAUAAUGAAAAGAUGUUAUCAGACUAUGGAACGACUUUUGUUGCUGCCUGGAAGAAUACUCACAACUACAGGGUAUGGAACAGCAAUAAGCACCCAGCACUUUCAGAGAUAAACCCAAACCAUCCUUUUCAGGGCCAGUACUCAGUGUCAGACAUGAAACUCAGAUUCUCACAUUCUGUUCAGAACAGUGAACGUGGCAAAAAAAUUGGCAAUGUCAUGGUAACAACUAGCCGGAAUGUGGUACAAACAGGAAAAGCUGUCGGCCAGUCAGUGGGAGGAGCUUUUUCCAGUGCAAAGACAGCUAUGUCUUCAUGGCUGUCCACUUUCACCACAUCCACCCCUCAGAGUCUUCCUGAGCCACCCAACGGGAAGUCCUGAGGCCACCAGCAGAAGUUGCUUUGUUCUCUAAGGUGUAAUGCUCCCUCCUCAUCUGUUGCUCCCAGGGUCUCCUCUAUCUACAGGUCCAUACCCAGGGACCAGGAUAGCAAAGUGUUUACAUGGACGGUUGCACUCUGUCUAAAUGAAUGUUGCAGGAUGCUGAACACAUGAAGUCACAACCAUAGCAGGACUAGAUUUCCAGGUUGGGGGUUAAAUUGACUACUUUUACUUCAUUCUGAGCCUAAUCAAUGUACACAAUGAACCUUCUAGUGAAUUUUAAGUUCUGAGAUUGUACAUUUGUUUACGUAGAAUUUUUACAUAUGUAUAUUUUGUUCUAUUUUGCUGUUUAAAUAUUUAGAUGGUCAUUGUAAUUUAUAUUGACUAAAAUUAAGUUAUAUUACUAUUGUACUUUCUCUGAAGUUAGCCCUACAAUGUACUUGUAAAACAUAGGGACUAUGCAUUCCAGCAUAUAUUACUCUGCUGAGUUCUAGGAUGAACUUUUGUAGGGGUGGGGCGUGGAGGGGACCUUCUACCCAGUAAACACAUUUGCCAGCUCGUUUCUUCCCAGAGCUGUGAAAGUCAGGAGGGGAAAGCUCUAAAGAUGAGUUGUCAUUUGAGAUGAAUUUCUUUCUGGCAAAGUUGGUGUGAGGCAGCAAAGACGCCACUGUGCUUCCCCCUUGCUGGCCGUGACCAUUCAGGGGAACAGCAGUGGUGGCUCAGGAGCACUGACGGGUUGGCACAUGUCUGUAGGGCAGUAGUUUAAUGACCCACGUGCCGGCAUGAUCAGCUCCAGCUAUGUUGUAGUCUUAAUCAGCACUUUGUUAUCUAAAAUGUGUGCCUUGUUUCUGUGUGUGAAUGGUUGUCCAUUGGAUCCUGACAGAUCUGCAGGCCUUCUCUUAGUCUUACUCUGCAUUGAGUCUUUCAAAGAUAUAUGACCUUCCUACUUUCCUGACUGAAAAUCCUCCUUUAGUCAGAUCUACCACCUUUAAAAGAAAAACAAAGUAACCAAUAAAGGUUAAGUAUAAACCACACCUUAGCUCACAUUUAGAAAAUCAAGAAGUGGGCCAGGGGAAUGAUUUAGUGAGUAAAAGUGCUUAAUGUACAAACCUGACAACCUGAGUUCAGAUCCCUGGAACCCUUAGAAAAAGCCACAUCUAUAAUCCCAGUGUUCUAUAGUGAGAUGGGGGUCAGGACACUCUUCUGGAAGCUCACAAGCCAGCUAGCCUGGAGUAUGCAGUGAAUUUGCAGAAACAAGAGAGACCCUGCCUCAAAACAAGGUUAAGCAAAGACCAACUCUUGAAAAUUGUCCUCUGACCUCUGCGUGGGUGGUGUGUCAUUAUACAUGCUUGCACACGUGCAUACAUACACACACACACACACACACACACACACACACACCCUCAAAUGAUAGAAAUGUAGGAAGCAAGGCAAUGAAUGAGCCUACAGCUAUGCCCUGAGUCACUUUUUGGUAAAGUACAGCUAGUUUCAUGUUACUGCAGGCAUGAAUUGCCCAACCUUUCAUGAUUUGUACACAGUUGGAGUUCAUGUGUUUGUCAUUUAUAACUGUCUUUUGCUUUUCAGAGGAUCCUUAAUGGGUGUUCUCAGGGACUAUUUUUGGGGAACAAUCUGCCUUUUUAGUAACAGAAGACAUGUGGAAUAAUCAUUAUAUCUACAUAUUAUUUAACAAGCAUUGGGAAAAUAAGGGGCCUAAUUAAGGACACUUGAUUAUAUUUCAGUUAUCCCUUAUGCCCUAAAUACUAUGAAAAGAACAUAGGGCAUAAUCUAAUAUCUAUAAAACUUUGCAAUUUGCACUUCAACACAAAGCCACAAAAUACAAGCUACUUCAAUUGAGCAUAAUACCUUGAGAGAAUCCAGUGACAAUAAAUUGAUUAUAUGAGAUAAAUUGAUUAAUGGGAGAACACCAUUCAUUUGCUUCAGCCAGGGAAUUUUUGAAAGAGAAGUAGUAAAACCACACAAAACUGGAAGGCAUUUUAAUCAGUGUUAUACUGAACCUGUUGGGAUUCUUAGAUACCAUUCUUGUGGCCGCAGCAUGAUAAGAUACCUGUGGUAGUUGGCAUUGCUAGGAGCCCUGCCUCAUUAGCCAAUAAGAUGAUGAUUCAUUCUUUAGUUUGCACCAGAUUUGUAUGACUGGGUAAAUGCCUGCUGUCACUUAAAAAGCAAUGCAACACACUCACCUUGGAAUAUGCUUGAGGAAAAAAGUUAAAUGAAAUUUAAUUCUGAUUUUGUUCAUGGAUCCCCCUGCAUAGGAUCUCACAGUCUGACUACACAGGUCUCUAAAUUGCUAUCCUUCUGCCUCUUGUCUCCCAAAUAACUGGGAUUGUAGGAGUUUACCUCUCUGCUAGGCUUAAGUGUAUAUUAUAAUUGAAUCUUCUCUCAAUGUAAAUUAAAACUUAACUCUUAAAAUGGUCACUUUACUGGCUUUCAGCAUAUAAUAACUUACCUUGGAAUAUAAAACAUCUUAGAAUGGUCAAAAGACCAUGUAUGCCUGCUUCCUUCAGGUUCAGGGAAACAUUGACUUUUCAAGGGCCAUAGGCCAUUUUCUUGUUGGCAGGGGCACUGCUGCAGCCAGUGUUGUAGAGAAUAGGAGAUACGGCUUAGCCCAGGGAGCCCACAUACUGUUUGAGGCACCAAUGAGAGACUAACUGAUGAGUAGUCUCCAAACACUGGCGCCGUAGCCCUGGAACCAAUACCAGGCCUUUUGACUCUUGCCAGCAGAGUCGUGACUGUUGACACCCACACUUUUCUCCAGUGACCUACGAUGCUUUUGUGUCUAAGAACCGAGCGUUUGUAACUAGACCUGCGGAAGUGAACGUGAGCGAACAAUUUUCAGGGUUACAGGAUGCAGACAUUGAUAGAGCUGCACUGCUGUCCAGGUGGUUUUGAGGAAGCCCUUGACAUUCCUAGCAUAGUGACAAUGACAUUGAUAAGGGAGAGACUCAAUGCUGUGAAUCUAUGGGCUAGAUGAGUAGAAAGUCUGAAGCUGCAGGUAACAGAGGUGGAGAGCAGUUUUAUAUGUAUGUUUGAUUCAUAAAGAUACGAAUUGUCCAUCCCUAAGUCCAUUCAUGAUUCACUAGCUCCCAAGCCUGAAAGCAGUUCUCCUCUCCUUUUGAAACAGCAGGGGCUUUCCUGAACAGUGGGGCCUUCUUGACCACAGGACAGACUUCCUCUACCCUGUUGCUUUCCAAGUUUUGAACUAAGCAGUUACUGUUCUUUAGACUAGCUUUCCUUAGAAACUCAAGUAGAAAGCAAAUUACGAAAAAUGAGGUGUUGCAUGGCUGGGGAGCAGGCCCCUCAAAGUCUGAAUCAGAGUAUUUUGACAUCAGUGUUUAACGUAUUUCAGGUAUGAGUUCUUUAGUGGAGUUAGAAUUGUAAUCAGCUAUUUACAUUUCUAAAUGAAGCUAUAACACUCCUUUCCUGGUAGGCAGGUUUUAUUGAAGCUGUAUAUUCUACGGAGAAAAUUUCGUGGGAGUUAACAGCCAGUGGCCCCUUUCCCUCCCAUGUUGAUAAGUCUCGAAGUCCUGCAGGCCAUCAUCCUGAUCUAUACCCACAGGCAGAUGUCUGCUGCAGCCUCCACAGAAGGCAGCCUGCUAGGGCAGAAGCUGCUGACUGGUCUAUGGUGCAGCCUGUUAGUGUUUGGGGCAUUGCUUGGGAUUUCUGAAGUGGCAACAUUUGCACACUCUGCUUCUUUGAUGAGAAAUGGCCCAGCAUUCGUGGCUUUCCAUGCCAUCUCUUGAUAGCCUUUAACGAUGACAGAAUACUCCCCGAAUCACUCGAAGAUAACCAUCAUUCCUCAUAACAUGCUGUGCCGUUAGGACUUUCUCAUUCCAAGUCUUCUGACUUUGUUGCUUUGGAAUUGCUUUUUCAUAAUUCCCAACAUUCCACACACUUUUUUCAGAAACAAAGAAAAGGAAUGUGCAUCUUUAUUUUUUCAUGUAAAAUAACUUCAUAAAAAUGACUCCCUACCUACAUUAUGAAGAAGAAACUGGCUCUCUUAUAUGGUAUAACACUCCAAAAUUAAAAGGUUGUGCAUGUCUAAGGGGUUGGAUAUAUUUUGUAAAACUCUGACAUUUGUAUUUCUGUGCUGUUCAGAAAUUUACCUUUUUACUUAUACUAAUUAAAGAUAUAGAAAACUAUAUAUUUAAAUCAUGUAAAUGGAACACAAUUUAAGGGGGUUUCCAAUCUUAUUUCUCAUCAGCUUCUCAUGCACAUACUAUGCUGCUCAAGUUUCUUUAGUGUGCAAUAUAAACAUUUGAACAUUUCAAGUCAGGUACUGAGCCAGAAAAGGUCAUUGAAGUUUUCAGAACACUGCUUAGAAAAUAUUUUAUUUUCUUGAAAUACUGUUCUUUUAUAGCUAGAAAAGCAAGAUUAAGAAUUGCAUGUUUUAGUCCACUUGAUCAUCAUUUUCUAAAUUUAGGAAGCAUUUGAUUAAUGACUUGCUGAAGGCACUUAGUGGUUGGAAAGUAGUUUCUAAGGAAGUUUGGUGAUAGCACAUAUUUUAUCAGAGAAAUGGCUUCCCUUUCCUCUAGUAGUUUUGUAGUUUGUGCUGAUUCAUUCCUGUUGUCAUUUGUUUUUUUAAAAGUGUAUUCAAGUUACAAAUCAUGUCUAAUCAUGCUGAACUGUAGAGAUUCUAUUGUACCUUUAUUUUAAGCAAAACGUGAUAAUAAAAUUAUCCUGUUUCUCUUGCA